UCAUUCACUAACAGCACGAACAGCAGCAAGGUGCCUCUAACUGGAGCACAGAAACAGACAGGAAGCUAAAACACAAGGUUACAAGAAUAGCAAGAAGUCAGAAAAGCAAUUUGCUCUUAAAUAGACUAGUUAUUAUUAAGAAGAGGAAGCCAAGGAAGAAAAGACAGCUGGAAAGUUCCAAAUGAAGGAUCUCCAAACAGGGAAAGCAGAAGAAUGAUAUGAAAUGUUGGAUUUGACAACGGUGUCAUUAUUUCCUGCUGACUGGACCUCAAAGAGGAAAAAAACUAUAAAACAGGAUGCAAGGGGCCCUGUGAAUGGUUGACCACGAGUACGAGAUCAGAAGUGUACGUGCAGGAUCACAUCAUCGAAACUGCUGUAAGAACUCAUUUCUUUUUUUUUUUUAAUAAACCGGCUGAGCGAUGCUACAUCUCCAAAUCUCCAAUCGGGACUGUAACUUUGGACAUGUAAAAAUUUUAUAAAGACAUUUUACAAGGUCACAAAAGUAACCUCUAUACAUAUUUCUUAAGUGAUCUCUGAACUGACGAUGCAAAACAAUAGUACUGACGGGAACUGUACUGUACAGGAUAACUUUAAAAGCAUGCUAUACAGCACGGUGUUCAGCAUCGUCUUCAUCCUAGGACUGCUCUUCAACAUCGUGGCUUUGUACCUCUUCACUUGUACGCUGAAACAAAGGAACGAGACCACCACCUACAUGCUGAAUCUGGUCGUAUGCGAUACGCUUUUCGUCCUCAGUCUGCCGUUCCGGAUUUGUUACUUUCUCAACAAUUACUGGCCUUUCGGGCCAACUCUCUGCAAAAUCACCGUGUCGCUGUUCUACAUGAACAUGUAUGGCAGCAUCUUUUUCCUGACGUGCAUCAGUGCGGAUCGUUUUCUGGCCAUCGUUUACCCGCUCGCCUCCAGGUCACUGAGGACUACAAGAAAUGCAAAAAUCGCCUGCUGUUCAGUUUGGCUGCUCGUGCUCUCGGUCAGCUUGUCGGCUGGGUUUCAGCUGGACACGUCAAGCAGCGGUAACAGCAGCUACUGCUUUGAGAACUUCAGCAACAGCCAGUGGAAAUCCAAGCUAUUAAAAGUGGUGGUGGUCAUAGAAACGAUAGGCUUCGUGAUCCCACUGUUCAUCAACCUUUUCUGCUCCAUGAUGAUCUUGAGGACGCUGAGAAACCUGGACACUAUUAAAAAUGAAGGGCAGCUGAACAAGGCCAAGAUCUUGCGCAUGAUUGUUGUGCACUUGCUCGUCUUCUGCUUUUGCUUCAUCCCAUUUAACGUCAAUCUAGUUUUUUACGCCCUGGUCCGCAGUAAAGCCAUCAAUAAUUGUGCUGUGGAGACUAUUGUCAAGACUAUUUACCCCAUUACAUUAUGCAUUGCAGUGACAAAUUGCUGCUUCGACCCUGUUAUUUAUUACUUCACCUCAGAAACCAUCCAGAACUGCAUUAGGUGCAAGUCUUUUGCCAUAAAAAGCAACAGAAAGCAUUGCGAUGGGCCAGACAACGAGCCUCCUGUGAGCACUGCGCGGUCUCUCAUAGCCAAGUUAAUAUUUAACGAAUCUUCAGUAUGAGGAAACAGAGGUUUCUAUUCCUAACAAAGAAGAGAACAAUAUGUUCCAGUGUACACUUCAAAAUGAAAUAUGCGUUUAUAACAAAGUUAAUUUAUUAUUUGUGUAUGUAUUGUAAAUUUGGUUUUCCCCUGUGUUGGCAUGGGCAUCUUUACAAAGCAACUUAUGCCAUUUCAUUUAUUUAUCUUUUUAACAAAUGCAAAAGCAAUGUGGUUUUACGUAACGAGCUUUAAAUGCCAGUAUCUAAACUUUUGUUUUGAUUUUUUCAAGAAACUGGGUAAUUAAGCCAGCUAAGAGGAUAUAAGGUUAUAGCACAUUUAAAAAACCUGAUAUAUUAUCGCUCACACAUACAUUUUAAAUGCAGUACUGAUGCAAUCUAUUCAUCUGUGCACCACAACUGAAGUUUAAACACUUAUCUUUCCUGCAUAUCUUACAGUAAUUGAUUUUAUUUUAUGAUUUAUAUAUAAAUUUAUUGUCAUACACCUUAACCUUGGGGUUGUGAAACUUUUUUGAAGCCAGAGAGCCCUUUAACUGUGAAAUAAAGUACAAGUUUAUUUUUAUGAAAUCCGACUAAUGCGACUAUUUAAAUAUUAAGCUCAUUAAUUAAAUGUAUCGAAUAACGUUUGCUUUUUAUUCUUGAACUUUUCAUGAAAAGAACACAUUAAGUCCAAGAUAUUAUUUAUAGGCUACUUGCUUUCCAGUUAUUGAAGUUUGGAUUCAAUGCUUGCAACCUGGCAAAUAACUAUAAGAAUUUAAUGAUAAAUAUAAUGGCCUUGUGAUUUGCACCUCUGUAUCCAAAUUUAAAAAUUCACAGAUCCCCUGGCUAUUCAUCGGGGACUCCACUUUGAAAACCACUGUGAUAACAGUAAGUAGAUAAUCUACAAUAAACUAGUGUUAAGAGUCAAGCAAACUUCAGUGAAUUAAUGCUACAUGACUCAUAAAGAAUACUGACCACAAACCCAUCAUUACAACAACUUUCGACAUUUCUCUUUAACUGCCUGUUGCUUACAUUGAAAUACAGACCCAUUUUCCUGUAACCUUUUCAUCCAUUGGAUGCCUUUUUUUUAUUCCAUUUUGUAGCUUUUUAUACAAGCCAGCUAACAAAUCCAGUAAUUAAUAAGAUUAAAACUGUGGCCUAACCUUUGGCUUCAAGUGCACUGUCAAGAGAGUUGGCCUAAUUGUGCUGUACAUUUACGAGUCUAGGACAGCGUGGUGGUACCGCAGGUAGCGUUCCUGCCUCACAGCUCCACGGUUAACGAGCUUGAGUUACUGCCUGGAUGCAGGUUCAUAUGUUCUCCUGGUGCCCAUGUGGGUUUCCUCUCACCUCCCAAAAACAUGCAGUAGGUGGAUUAACUACUCUAAAUUACUGCUAGGUGUGAAUGAGUGUGUCAGUCAUGGUCAGUGAGUGUGUUGUGAUGGUCUGGUGCCACAUCCAGGGUGUAUCCCUGCCAAACACUCCAGAUACACCACCACCCUGGCCAGGACAAAACGGUUAGCAAAGAUGAGUGAAUUACUGAUGACUAACUGAAUGGUUGUAGUCUGAUAUUUUCCCCUCUUUUAAGGCACAAUUAAGGAGGCAUUUUGCUUCCAUUUCUAGAAUUACAGUUAAUUAAUGUUAACACUUAAAUCUAAAAUCUUUCUCCAAGCAGUCAACUUGCAAUUUUGAAAGGAAUUUCAUUGUUAAAUUUCGCAUUGUGCUUAAAAAAAAAAAAAAAAAAAAUUCCUGUACUUUUUGUUAUUCUCCAUAAAUUGCGUUAUUGGUAAAACAGCUAAAAAAACAACAACAGAAAUUUGUAGGAAAAUGAUUACGCAUAUUCUGUCCCCAGAUUCUUUUGCAGGAGAUAUUUGAAGGAAUUCUAAAAGCAUCUUAAAAUAAAUAUUCUGCAUAAAUAAUAAGCCUGUGGAGGAGGAAGAUACUAAAAACCGGAACGCACAACAACCACAUACAUCAUCUUUGGUGCCACUAUCAAAUUACUCAACAAUAAUGAAGCGAUAAUAAGGGUUAAAUACAAGACGCA